CUGAAGUUUCUCUAUGGCGGUGGACACAAAGCACUGAAACCGUGGGAGUCUGGGAAACAGAAAGAAGGGUGCGCGAGUGCAAGGAGGAGAAUUCGAGAAAAAAAAACUCAUUUGUAAAAGACAAGAUAUUGAAAGAGUUUAACGCAUGGUUUUACUUGUUUUAUAAAUAUAAAAGUUCGAAGGUGUAGAGGGAUUCGUGUAGCUGUAGCUAAAGUUUUGAACAUUUGCUUUACACGGGCUGAGAAUGCGUUGGUUUAUUCAAGUUGUGUUUUCAUUGACCUGUUUGGCUAUAUGUAGCCACAGUGCUAUGGAUGAAUGCACUGAUGAUUCGAGUCGGCCUCAGCGAUGCAUGCCAGAGUUUGUCAACGCUGCUUUCAAUGUCACUGUGGUAGCUACCAAUACUUGUGGCUCUCCCCCAGAAGAAUACUGUGUACAAACCGGCGUUACGGGGGUCACCAAGUCGUGCCACAUCUGCGAUGCCGGGGAUCGGAGACAACAUCACAGUGCUGUGUACCUCACCGAUUACAACAAUCAACAGGACACCACCUGGUGGCAAAGUCAGACUAUGUUAGCGGGCAUCCAGUAUCCAAACUCAAUCAAUCUAACUCUUCAUCUUGGCAAGGCUUUUGACAUCACUUACGUGCGACUCAAGUUCCACACCAGCCGCCCAGAGAGCUUUGCCAUCUACAAGCGCACAAGUGAGGAUGGACCAUGGACGCCCUACCAGUACUACAGUGGCUCCUGUGAGAAGACCUACCAGAAGUUCAACAGAGGCUUCAUCCGCACCGGAGAGGACGAACAGCAGGCCCUCUGUACAGACGAGUUCAGUGACAUCUCACCCCUGACUGGAGGAAACGUGGCCUUCUCCACCCUCGAGGGCCGACCCAGUGCUUACAACUUUGACAACAGCCCAGUUCUUCAGGAAUGGGUGACAGCCACAGAUAUCAAAGUGACCCUGAACAGGCUCAACACAUUUGGAGAUGAAGUUUUCAAUGAUCCCAAGGUCCUAAAGUCCUAUUACUACGCUGUCUCAGACUUUGCAGUGGGAGGAAGGUGCAAGUGCAACGGCCAUGCGAGUGAGUGUGUGAAAAACAACGGCUUCGACAAGCCGGUUUGCAACUGCAAGCACAACACAGAGGGUGAUGACUGCAAUGUGUGCAAGCCGUUCUACAACGACCGUCCCUGGAGGCGAGCUACAGCCAAUAACCCUAACGAGUGUCUGAAGUGCAACUGUAAUGGCAAGAGUGCAGAGUGCUACUUCGACCCUGAGCUGUACCGUGCCACCGGCCACGGAGGACACUGUCGCAACUGUGCCGACAACACUGACGGGCCUAAAUGCGAGCGCUGCCUGGACAAUCACUACAGAGACCGAUCUGGCAACCGCUGCCUGCCCUGCAGCUGCAACUCAGUGGGCUCUCUGGCCACUCAGUGUGACAACACAGGGCGCUGCAGCUGUAAACCAGGUGUGAUGGGGGACAAGUGUGACCGCUGCCAACCUGGCUUCCACACCUUGACCGAAGCAGGCUGCAGACCCUGCUCCUGUAACCCUUCUGGAAGCACACAGGAGUGUGACGUCCAGACAGGCCGUUGCCAGUGCAAGGACAACGUGGAGGGCUUCAACUGUGACAGGUGUAAGCUGGGAUACUUCAACCUGGACCCCCAGAACCCGCAGGGUUGCACUCUGUGCUUCUGCUUCCAACACUCCUCUGUGUGUGACAGCGCUGAAGGUUACAGCAUCGACACUGUUUCCUCCACCUUCGACAAAGAUGAUGAGCAGUGGACAGCCCAGCAGCGUGACGGCUCCAGUGUUUCAGUCCAGUGGUCUGCUGGUGGAGAGGAGAUUUCCCUCGUCGCUGAGGACUACUUCCCCAUGUACUUUGUGGCUCCAGAGAGGUUCCUGGGCAAUCAGCUGCUGAGCUACGGCCAGAACCUCACCCUGAACUUCCGGGUGGACAGGAGAGACACACGCCUUUCAGCUGAAGAUGUGGUUCUGGAGGGUGCUGGCCUCAGAGUGGCUGUGCCUCUCAUUGCUCAGGGAAAUGCCUAUCCUGGGGAGAACAUGCAGACAUUUGUGUUCAGGCUCCACGACAGCACAGACUACCCCUGGAGGCCCACCCUCCCUCAGUCUGAGUUCCAGAAGCUCCUGCACAAUCUGACAUCCAUCAAGAUCCGUGGCACCUACAGCGAGAGAAGUGCUGGCUACCUUGACGAUGUAAUGCUGAUCACGGCGAGGAGAGGUCCCGGGACCCCGGCCCGCUGGGUAGAGAAGUGUACCUGCCCUCAGGGCUACAUGGGACAGCAUUGUGAGAACUGCACCCUGGGAUACAGGAGGAACAGACCAGACCUGGGAGCCUUCAGUUCCUGUGACGCCUGCAACUGUAACGGACACAGUGACACGUGCAACCCCGACACAGGGAUGUGUGACUGCCAACACAACACAGCUGGUCUCAGUUGUGAGAGGUGUGAAGACGGUUCCUAUGGAGACUCCACUGUGGGGAGUUCCAGCGACUGCAAGCCCUGCCCCUGCCCCGGAGGAUCCACUUGUGCUGUCGUUCCCAAGACCAAGGAGGUUGUCUGCACCAACUGUCCCACAGGAACCACAGGCAAGCGUUGUGAGCUGUGUGACGACGGUUUCUUCGGAGACCCCCUGGGUGAGAACGGGCCGGUGAGGGUGUGUCGGGCCUGUAAGUGUAGCGACAACAUCGACCCCAACGCUGUGGGCAACUGUGACCGAGAGACCGGGGAGUGCCUCAAGUGUAUCUACAACACAGACGGCUUCUUCUGCGACCGCUGCAAAGAGGGCUUCUAUGGAAGCCCUCUGGCCACCAACCCCAACGACAAGUGCAAGCCCUGCUCCUGCUCUCUGUACGGCACAGUGGACAGACAAACCACCUGUCUACAGGUCACAGGCCAGUGCCCGUGUCUCGCCCACGUCAUCAACAGGGACUGCAGCGCCUGUGAGCCUGGCUUCUUCAACCUGCAGAGCGGCACAGGUUGCGUACGAUGCACCUGCAAUCCUAUUGGGUCCACCAAUGGUCAGUGUGACAUCAGUUCCGGUCAGUGUGAAUGCCAGCCCGGCGUCACCGGUCUGCGCUGUGAACGCUGCGAGGUCAACUUCUUUGGAUUCGGAUUGUCUGGCUGCAAACCGUGUGACUGCGACCCAGAGGGCUCCUCCACGACCCAGUGUAAGGACGAUGGCCGCUGCGAGUGCAGCCCAGGCUUUGUAGGAGCCAGGUGUGACAUGUGUGAGGAGAACUACUUCUACAACCGCUCUACUCUUGGCUGCCAGCAGUGUCCAGCUUGUUACUCUCUCAUCAGAGACAAGGUGAACCAGCAGAGACAGAAGCUGCAUGACCUGCAGAAUUUGAUUGACAACCUGGGCUCUACGUCGGAGGCUGUCAGUGACAAGGCUUUUGAGGACCGUCUGAAGCAGGCAGAGAAAGCCAUCAUGGAUCUGCUGGAGGAGGCUCAGACCAGCAAAAAUGUAGACAAAGGCCUGCUGGAGCGCCUGGGAAACCUGAACAACACGCUGACCACUCAGUGGAACCGUCUGCAGAACAUCAGGAACGGUGUGGACGACACGGGAACCCAGACCGACAAGGCCCGCAACCGGGUCCGAGACACUGAGAACCUGGUCGACCGUGCCCGCGAGGAACUGGAUAAGGCCAAGGACGCCAUCAGCAAACUGGACAUCAAAACACCCUCAAACACUGCAGAUCCUAACAACAUGACGCUUCUGGCAGAGGAGGCUCGCAAUCUGGCCGACAAACAUAAAAUGGAUGCGGAUCAAAUCGAGAAGAUCGCCAAGGAUGCCAACGACACGUCCACCAAGGCUCUCAACCUGCUGAUGAAGACUCUAGAUGGCGAGGGAAAGACCAACAAAGACAUUGACGAGCUCAACAGGAAGUACAAUGAAGCAAAGGACCUGGCUAAUAACCUGGAGAAACAGGCCAACAAAGUGCAUGCUGAGGCAGAGGAGGCAGGCGACAAAGCCCUGAAGAUCUACUCUAACCUGACCAGCCUGCCACCCUUCAACACCAAAUCACUGGAGGGCGAAGCGAGCAAGAUCAAGAAGGAGGCGUCAGACCUGGACAAGCUGAUUGACAAGACGGAGAAGGAGUACAACGACCUGAGGGACGACCUGAGAGGGAAGGAGACUGAGGUCCGCAAGCUGCUGGAGAAGGGAAAGACUGAGCAGCAGACUGCAGAUCAGUUGCUGGCUCGUGCUGAUGCUGCCAAGGCACUGGCUGAGGAGGCCGCCAACAAGGGGAGGUCCACCUACCAGGAGGCCCAAGACAUUCUGGGAAAUCUGAGAGACUUUGACAAGAGGGUGAACGACAACAAGACAGCAGCUGAGAACGCCAUGAAGAGAAUCCCAGAGAUCAACGCCACCAUCUCUGCAGCCAAUGAGAAGACCAAGCAGGCUGAGGGGGCGCUAGGCAACGCAGACGCAGACGCAAAGGAGGCCAAGAGCAAGGCGGAGGAGGCUGAGAAGAUAGCCAGCCUUGCGCAGAAGGGUUCUGCUAAGACCAAGGUGGAUGCAGAGAAGGCCUUUGAGGACACCAAGAAGCUGGAUGGAGAGGUCAACAACAUGAUGGACCAGCUAAGUGCAGCAGAGGCAGAGCUGGCCAAGAAGAAGGCUGAGGCCGACCAGGACAUGAUGAUGGCUAGCAUGGCAUCAGACAAUGCGAAGGAAGCUGAGGACAACGCUCGGAAAGCCAAGAGUGCAGUCAGGACCGUUCUCAACACCAUCAACGACCUGCUUAAGUCACUGGGCAACAUUGACAAGGUGGACCUGAGCAAGCUGGGCUUGAUUGAGGGGUCGCUGAAGCAGGCCAAAGACAAGAUGGUGAACAGCGACCUGGACCGCAAGCUGUCGGAGCUGAACGACGUGGCCAAGAGCCAGGAGGAGAUGAUCACCGACUACGAUAGGCAGAUCAAGGAGAUCCAGUCUGACAUCGCCAACCUCAACGACAUCAAGAACACGUUACCCAACGGCUGCUUCAACACCCCAUCCAUAGAGCGACCUUAACCCCCUCUAUCUCCACCCCCGACUCCUAUCCCGACCCCUGUACCCUUCCUCAUAUCCCGUCUGUACCACUCCUUCCCACAUCUAACACUCGGGCAGAAUGCCACCGUUUUACCAAAACCGUUUGUCUUUUUUUGGUCUUUUGUUUGUCUUUUUUUAAGCAAGAAGCCAAUUUAAGCCAAGUUUCAUGUUUUUAAAGAAAGGAAGAGCAUAAGCAGCAGAACCUGAAAUGAACUAAGGGCUGUCGUUAAAAACCGCGUAUCCAUUCUCCUUAGGUGCAGCAGGUUAGGAGAGGUGUGGCUUACCUCACUCCAGAAAACCCACAUGACUGCACCACCUCCAGACUGUUCCUACGCUACGACGUGGAGGAAUCACAACCUAAACCACAUCAACAGAGAAAACAAGGAAAAAUGUCCUCAGCCUUUUCAGAUGCAUCUGUGUCAUAUUAUAUACCUUUUUUUAAUCUGAUAUGGUGUCAAACAAGUUAUCCUUACCCAUCAUAUUAGACCCAAGGGCAUGUUGGGAAUGGUUUGUCUGUGAAAUGUAGAUUCUUUUUGCUUGAAGGUAUUGAGAAACUUUCAAUGCAUAUGUACCAACCUCUGUGUUAUCAACCAUUUUUUUUUUUAAACAAACCGUGAAGGAAUCCUUAAGUUUCUGUUUGCUUUGCCUCCAUUCGCUCCCAAAGCUACAUGUCUUACAUGGAGAAAGUAUUCCUGUUACUAUUAUACAUUUUUACAGUAUUCAACACAACUAUUCUGUUCCACAUGUACAACUGAAAAGCUGUCGAAUGAAACCAGCUUGUGGGUCUUUUAAAAUGUCUCUGAUAAGUUUGCCAGUUGAGACAGGCUUCUACUGCCCAGUGAAACAUCAUGGUUAAAUAUCAUUUGAAUCAUUUAUUUUAACACUGCAAAUCAUGAUUUUAGUUCGUUUUUUUUCUCCCGAAGCUGCUGCUUAAUACAGGUUUGCUGCAAAUCACACAUUAACAUUCUACACUACAAGGCAACAUUCUACACUACAAGGCAACAUUCUACACUACAAGGCAACAUUCUACACUACAAGGCAACAUUCUACACUAUGCAACUUUGUACAUUUGCGUAGCAAGACUUUAUCUGAUACACUGGUGCUAAUAAUAAUUUCAAAUGUUAUAUUUUUGUGUGAAUGUUUUUUUUAUUCUGAUGAAGAGUGAGGAACUGUUAUUUGUGUAAAUAUAUGCUUAAAUGAUUCAGGGCUGGCUGAUUGUUAAACCCAAGACCCAACAGCCACCUCAUAUAGGUUCUAUCACAAAAACAAUCAACUGAAACCUCCACAUAAUAUAUAAAUAUAUAUGAUAAGUUCUGUGGUAUAAUAUGCUUGCUUGUAUACAGGGCUCAGUGUUGUUGCCUCAUAGCGCUGCCAUUAUUCAUUUGUUUACUUCUCAGUGGGUGGUCACAAGUUAAUUGAUGAAUGCAUUUAUAACAAGAACCUUUGACUGACAAGAUCAGGACGUGUGUGUGUGUGUGUGUGUGUGUGUGUGUGUGUAAGGGAUGGCCCUAAAGAAGCCAUUUGUCUACAUUAAGCCUAACGUUUCAUUUGACUGAAUUUAUACGCUUGUCUCCAAGAAAAUACGGUUGGUCACAAGUUGCUAGUUAACCAAUUUUUUUGUUGUUGUUAGUGUUUUGUGCCUUACUAGGUGAUUGUCAUUUUCACAUCACUUAGUCCCUAACGAGGGCAUCACGUGUAUUGCACACGUUGCAUUACAUUUCAGACAUACACUCGUCUCCUCGCACGUUCACUACAUGGUGUCCUUGCAUUUCAGGAGAACAGCAGGGAUUUUGUCGACGGGUCCAGAACAUCAGUCAGCCAGCCUCCAUACAGUAAAUGAAUAGGUUAUAACCUGGAAACUACUCGUCUUUCCCAGUUCCCAUUCAACAUCGCUCAUAUCUUCAAUACACCAAUAAUCACUCCUUUCCUUAGACUUCUAUCAUGUUAUCUGUUUGAUAGUUUUGUUUAGCUAACUUUUUACCUAAUUUUAUAGAUGGUGUGGCGGGGACUUAAACGAUCUCCUCUGCAGUGAACCAUCUUUUACCCUCUUACUACUCCAGGUAACCACGCUGCUGUGGACGGAUGUGCAGCACAUACUGUUUGAUGUAUAAAACAGUAUUUCUAAUUUAUAAUGUCUCAAGUAUUUGUAUUAUUUUGUUCCCGUAGAUGAUGUUAUGUAUGUGUUGCACAAUCCGUUUGUGGUCUUUUGGCUAUGGAGUGCAUCUUCUGUUCUGUUUUGGUUCUGUCGUACAGUACAAUACAAUACAAGGCACCUAGUCACUGAAACAUUUCAUUUGUAAGGACCCGAGAGAACCCAGCUUGUUACCCAAGUGCCUGUAAAUUCAAUCGUAACAUUGAAGUAAUAAAAAAUAAUUACGGGAACUCUUCAGUUGAUUGUGUGAUUGUAUUGAAUGUCAUGCUGACUCAUUUCCAAAUGCAAUGUACAGAACACUAUGACAGUGUUUCUCAUUAAUCUACUCCAGUCUACUCCGCAAUGUAGUUUUAUCUUGAGGUUAUUUAGUAUUUAGGGACAUUUAGGACAGUUUUAUUAGUUGGGUCGUCACAUGAAAUGAGUGCUUUAAAAAUACAUAUGUCAAUGUGCACAAAUAUAGAAUUUUAAAAGCCUGUUAUAUUAAAUAAACGUUGCUUUACUAUAGUCUACAUGGAGAAUUGUAUACAGCAGAAUUUUUUUCUAUGAAUGAAGACUUGUUAAAGUGCCGUAGUUCAGCGUUUUGACCUGUCCCGCUGUGCACCCUCUGUGACUUCUAGGCAGAUUUGAACCCAAACACUUCUCCAAGUUUUCACCAUCAUUGUAAAGCACUAGUUAUUGUUUUGCUUUAACAAAGUAAUUUCUAAAGAUUAUUUAAUGUGAUAAGUGGUUUCAUUUUAAGGUUUAAAAAAAACUUCUGUGAAAUUAA